AUGGUGUGUCCCAGUGGAUGUGACAGAGGAGGCCGACAUCUAUUGCAGUUUAUUAUAAUUCUAGCAGCCUGGAAGGGGGGGAGCGGCCAUCUCCACUACUCGCUUCCGGAGGAGGCCAAACACGGCACCUUUGUGGGCCGCAUCGCGCAGGAUCUGGGGCUGGAGCUGGCGGAGCUGGUGCCGCGCCUGUUCCGGCUGGCGUCCAAAGGCCGCGGGGACCUUCUGGAGGUGAAUCUGCAGAAUGGCAUUUUGUUUGUGAAUUCUCGGAUCGACCGGGAGGAGCUGUGCGGGCGGAGCGCGGAGUGCAGCAUCCACCUGGAGGUGAUUGUGGACAGGCCGCUUCAGGUAUUCCACGUGGAGGUGGAGGUGAAGGACAUUAAUGACAAUCCUCCUGUGUUCCCAGCGACACAAAAGAAUCUGUUCAUCACAGAAUCCAGGCUGCUCGACUCUCGGUUUCCACUAGAGGGCGCCUCGGAUGCAGAUAUCGGGGAGAACGCCCUGCUCACUUACAGACUGAGCCCCAGCGAGUAUUUCUCUCUGGAUGUACCAACCAAGGAUGAACAGGUAAAACCUCUUGGACUUGUAUUACGGAAGCCUUUAGACAGGGAAGAAGCUCCGGAGCUUCAUUUAUUGCUCAUGGCCACCGAUGGGGGCAAACCCGAACUGACUGGCACCGUUCAGUUACUCAUCACGGUUUUGGAUGUAAAUGACAAUGCCCCAGUUUUCGAUAGGACCCUCUAUAAAGUAAAAUUGCCAGAAAAUGUCCCUAAUGGAACAUUGGUAAUUAAACUCAAUGCCUCAGAUUUAGACGAAGGUUUGAAUGGAGAUAUUAUUUAUUCAUUCUCUACUGAUGUUUCUCUAGAUAUAAAAUCCAAGUUCCACAUAGACCCCAUAAGUGGGGAAAUUACAGUGAUAGGACUAAUUGAUUUUGAAGAAAGUAAAGCCCACAAGAUUCGAGUAGAGGCUGUUGAUAAAGGCUUCCAACCACUGGCUGGUCAUUGUACAGUUCUUGUGGAGGUUGUGGACGCUAAUGACAAUGCUCCACAGUUGACUAUCACUUCACUGUCUCUCCCUAUCUCAGAGAACGCCCAGCCAGGCACAGUCAUCACACUGAUUAGUGUAGUUGACCUAGAUUUUGGAGCCAACGCUCAGGUGACCUGCUCCCUUACUCCGCAAGUUCCCUUCAAGCUUGUGUCCACCUUCAAAAAUUACUAUUCAUUGGUGCUGGACAGCGCCCUGGACCGAGAGAGUGUGUCGGCCUAUGAGCUGGUGGUCACAGCUAGGGACGGGGGUUCGCCUUCGCUGUGGGCCACCGCCAGCGUGUCUGUGGAGGUGGCCGACGUGAACGACAACGCGCCGGCCUUCGCGCAGCCCGAGUACACGGUAUUCGUGAAGGAGAACAACCCGCCAGGCUGCCACAUCUUCACGGUGUCGGCGCGGGACGCGGACACUCAGGAGAACGCACGGGUGUCGUACUCGCUGGUGGAGCGGCGGGUGGGCGAGCGUGCGCUGUCGAGCUACGUGUCGGUGCACGCGGAGAGCGGCAAGGUGUACGCGCUGCAGCCGCUGGACCACGAGGAGCUGGAGCUGCUGCAGUUCCAGGUGAGCGCGCGCGACGCGGGCGUGCCACCUCUGGGCAGCAACGUGACGCUGCAGGUGUUUGUGCUUGAUGAGAACGACAAUGCUCCGGAGCUGCUGGCGCCUCCGGGUGGCAGCGGUGUUGGCCUAGUGAAUGAACUGGUGCCGCGAUCUGUAGGGACAGGCCACGUGGUGGCAAAGGUGCGUGCGGUGGACGCGGACUCUGGCUACAACGCUUGGCUUUCCUACGAGCUGCAGCCGGCAGCGGGUAGCUCGCGCAACCCGUUCCGCGUGGGGUUGUACACUGGAGAAAUCAGCACGACACGCGUCCUGGACGAAGCAGACGCUUCACGCCAGCAUCUAUUGGUGCUGGUGAAGGAUCACGGGGAGCCAGCGCUGACGGCCACAGCCACCGUGUUGGUGUCUCUGGUGGAGAGCGGCCAGACGGCAAAGGCCUCUUCGCGGGCAUUCGAGGGGGGGGUGGCACAGGAGGCAGCGCUUAUGGAUGUCAACGUGUACCUCAUCAUCGCCAUCUGCGCCGUGUCCAGCCUGCUGGUGCUCACGCUGCUGCUGUACACGGCGCUGCGGUGCUCGGCGCCACCCAGCGAGGGCGCGUGCGGGCCGGGCAAGCCCAGGCUGGUGUGCUCCAGCGCGGUGGGGAGCUGGUCAUACUCGCAGCAGAGGCGGCAGAGGGUGUGCUCUGGGGAGGGCCCGCCCAAGACCGACCUCAUGGCCUUCAGCCCCAGCCUUCCUCAGGGUCCCACUUCUACGGACAACGUGAGUCACAUAUCUGUCUCUAAAAGCCGAACAAUGGCAGAUGCUGCGGAAUUGGAUUAA